CUGCCUGUUGUGACUGAAAGCGGCGGGCGGCGGUGCUGCAGCCUGAUAGACGGCUUGGAGCAGUAAAAAGCGGGUGGGUAGUUGCUGGAUCCGCUUGUCAGUUGAGGAAAAAGGGAGCGCAAAAGCAGGGCAGUUGGAAUCAUGGCUUCAGCUAAAACGAGCACAGGCUCAACGCUACUGCAGCCACUUAGCGACAUCACCAAUAUCCCGAUUGACCAGGUGAACUUUGUAGUCUGCCAGCUGUUUGCCUUGUUCACAGCCAUUUGGUUCCGGCUUUAUCUUCAUCCUAGUAAAACCAGCACUUUUGUCAGACACGUCGUGGCCACUCUUCUGGGAUUUUAUCUUGCACUAUUUUGCUUUGGGUGGUACGCCUUACAUUUUGUUAUUCAAAGUGGGAUUACAUAUAGCAUCAUUCUUUUCGCAGGAGAAGAGAACAUGCACAAGUACUGUUUUAUAGUUGCUCUGGGAUACCUCAGUCUUUGCCAGAUCUCCCGUGUCUAUAUUUUUGAUUAUGGACUCUAUUCAGCUGAUUUCUCUGGCCCAAUGAUGAUAAUAACACAGAAGAUAACCAGUCUGGCAUUUGAGAUUCACGAUGGAAUCUCAAAGAAAGAAGAACAACUGACACCGAGUCAAAGAAGUUUAGCUGUCAGGAGAGUGCCAAGUUUACUGGAGUAUUUCAGUUACAACUGUAACUUCAUGGGCAUUCUGGCUGGUCCUACAUGCUCUUACAAAGACUAUAUUGCCUUUAUUGAAGGUUCAUCUUUCCAUCUGAAACAUGCAGAAACAAAUGGAAAUGAAAAUGGGAAAUAUAAACAGGCUGAACCGUCACCAAAAGCAGAUGUGAUACACAAGUUGUCAGUCUGUGCAGUUUCUCUACUGGUUUACCUCACUGUCUCGAAAUAUUUUUCAGUGGAACACACUAUUGAUGACCACUUCAUUUCAUCAACGCCAUGUUAUAUCCAAGUUAUCUAUUUGUAUAUCGCUAUGCUGGCCACUAGACCCAAAUACUAUUUUGCAUGGACUCUUGCUGAUGCAAUCAACAAUGCAGCAGGUUUUGGCUUUAAUGGGUGCAAGAAGGAUGGCACGCCACGCUGGGAUUUAGUAUCAAACUUAAGAAUAGCUGAUAUAGAGUUGGCUACAAGUUUUAAACUAUUUCUGGAUAACUGGAAUAUACAGACAUCACUAUGGCUGAAAAGAGUGUGUUAUGAGAGAUGUCCAUACAACCCCACAGCUGCAACAUUCUUGCUUUCAGCGAUUUGGCAUGGUGUUUAUCCAGGAUAUUACCUAACUUUUUUAACAGGCAUAUUUAUGACAAUGGCAGCACGUACAAUAAGGAACAAUGUGAGACACUACUUUCUUGGCUCUACCACACACAAAUUAAUUUAUGAUAUAUUAACGUGGGCAGCAACUCAAAUAGCCAUUUGUUACACAGUAGUGCCAUUUGUAUUGUUGUCUGUGGCACCAUCUCUGAAGUUUUACAGGUCCUGGUACUUCUGUCUACACAUUGCAUGCUUGCUGGUUAUAGUUGUGUUGCCUGUUAAACCAAAGCAAGUGUCAAGGAAAGAUCUUGGGAACAGUCAACAAGCGGUGCAUCUGCAGGAACAGCAGGCAGUGAGCAAUAGCCAUGCCUCCACAAACAACAACUGCAAUCAGAAAAGGAGAGAGACAUGAAGAUACGCCUUGUGAAGAUGUAGUGCAGAGAUUCCUUUUCUGUUUUAAUAAAUCAAGGAAAAACCUAAAACUUCCGGUAGUGCUAUGGAGAGGGACCACAUUUGACAGAAGAAAAUAAUGAAUCUAGGUGGAACUGAUACAGAAUUUUAAUGAAAGAAAUGUAAAAUAAUAUAAAAAUGCAUCAAUUUAAUGAGGAUAAAAUUAUUGUGGUCAAAUUACAGUACAAGAUCUAGUCUGCUGAAAGUAUGCAAAAUAUUUUUAACGUUGCCUUAAACCCUCUAUCUACUAAAAUGGUAACAGAUAACCAUCUCAGCACUAAAGGAUGAUAGAAGUACACUGUAGUGUCUUUGUGAAAGAAAAAAGGCCCUGGUGGUACGUAGAGGGUUUUUGUCCAAACAUAAAUAUGGUUAAACCUCUCCAGUAGGAAAAUGUAUAUAUGUGGAUAUAAAUUUGUCAUAUAUAUA